UAGCAGCGUGCUGGAAAGAGGCAUUUCCCAGGGAGAGAGUGACCGAUGCAUGCUAGCUCGCUGCCUGUGCUCACCAUGGAAGCGUUCCAGUGCCAGCUGCUCACUCUUACUGGGGGUCUGAUCUGUUUCAGUACUCUGCUAAAAUGCGUCAGAUUUAUGAAAUACAUUUUCCCACGUAUCUGGAGUGCUUUGCCUCAGACUUUCUUUCAAUCGCUGGGACAAUGGGCAGUGGUCACAGGAGCAGGAGAUGGGCUUGGAAAAGCAUAUUCCUUUGAGCUGGCAAAACGUGGAUUAAAUAUAGUUAUGAUAAGCAGAACUCUUGAAAAACUGCAGAGAGUAGCCUCUGAAGUUGAGCAGGCCACAGGUCAAAAGGUGAAGGUCAUACAAGCUGAUUUCACCAAAAAUUCAGUAUACGAGGACAUUGAAAAAAGACUGCAAGGCUUGGAUAUUGGUGUUCUGGUUAACAAUGUUGGAAUGCUUCAUAAUCCUCUUCCGUGCCGUUUCCUUAAUGGACCAGACAUAGAUGAGAACCUCAUCAACUGCAACAUUGUUUCUGCUACCAAGAUGACAAAAAUAGUUUUGAAACAAAUGGAGCCAAGACAAAAAGGUCUUAUUCUGAAUCUGUCCUCUGGUCUGGGUACUUUCCCUUGUCCAUUAUACACAAUGUACUCAGCUUCUAAGGCUUUUAUAAGCACUUUCUCCAAAGCACUACAAGCAGAGUAUAAGGCAAAGGGAAUUAUCAUACAGGUAGUGGCUCCUUAUGGUGUUUCUACUCCAAUGACAAUGUUCCAAAAACCUGGUCUUAUUACAAAGACAGCAGAAGAGUUUGUUAGUGAAUCACUGGAUUAUGUCACCUUUGGAGAUGAGAUUUUUGGAUGUUUAGCCCAUGAAAUGCUGGCAUGUGUCCUGCAGUUCAUUCCUUUAUGGGUAUUCCACAGCAACAUACUUCAAGAAGCAGUCCUGCAUGCGUUUACCAGUUAUCUGAAAAAGAGAUGGAGGAAUACCUAA